GCAACGCGUCGAGCUCAACGAUGGCAACGACAUCGGCGUCGGACAGUAAACGGUGGACACAUUUCCACUCGGCAUUACAGCUCGCCAUUCAACGUUCUGCGCGCCAAUGGACCUAUGAAGACUUUACCGAAUAUUUUUCUCUAUGGUGCAAAGAAGAACCAAAUGGCGCGUCUGCUGUGUUUAAUGCUGUCUCAAGGCAUAUGGAAUCUACAAUAUCUAACAGUUGUGAAGACCUAUUCAAAGAGUAUAAUGUUAGGGAGAGUAUCAACAUAUUGCAUGCUGUCGUUACAGAAGCUCGUGCACGAAAGCAGCGCGGAGAACUAUCGGGGAAAGACGUUUGGAAAGAGGAUUUACAACCUCGAGCUGCUGGUCGUGCUCAUGUGGUGCCUAUUCUAGAAGGGGAGGUCGAUCGCCUGAAAGCAACAUUGAAAGCUCUCGAAGAAGAAAAUCUGAAACUGCAAGCUCAAUUUCAGGAGAAUGUCAGGAAACAGGAAGAAACAGAUGCGAAGACGACCGAGCUUCUAGAUAUUCUCGACGAUAUCUACCACAAGUGGAAUAAACUUCCCCACGAAGAUAUGGAAUUGUGGACACUCCAGACUGCUGAAUCAUUAGGCUCGACACGGCCACCAUGAUCGGGGUUGGCGUAGUUUUUCAAAGUUUCUUAACAUCUUAGCCGCUAAGCUCGGUCGAAGGUGACUGAAAAUCAACGUAGCAGAGAACGGAAAGCCGAUAGAAAGAACACCAUACAACUUGCCAAGGACAGGCAUCAAGUUUGAACACAUCUGGGAGAAUAAUCUUGCGCCCCAGCCAGACGUCCAACUCGGAUGACUACUUAUGAAUGAUAGUAGUCGUUGGGAACACGUAGCAGAGUCAAUUUGGGUACAACGAGGGUUGUAUAUUAAUAUACUAAGCUUCCAAAGUUUCCAAAGGGGUGACAGUUCCAAGUGUAUUGCCUACAAAGCACAAACCAAUUGACAGUUCACUCUCAGUAAAAACAAAAAGU